AUGCGCGCUACAAGGCCGGUGAGCACUCCUCUUACCAAAGCUGCGACGCAGCCGGGUCCGCUGCGCAGCGUGCUGGGCCCGCUGCUGAGCGGCGCGCGGCACGGCGGGCUGGCGGCGCGACUGCAGCCGACCGAGAGCGUGGCGUUCAUGGCGCGCGUGCACCACGUCACCGUCGACCGCGAGACCAGCGGCGAGCUGCUGCUCAGCGACCGGUGCAUCCACUUCGUGCCGGAGUGGUGCGGCGAGGAGGGCGAGGAGGGCGCGGAGGGCGAGGGCGAGGGCUCGUCGUGCGCGGCGCAGAGCUGGGCGCUGGGCAGCGUGUCGCGCGUGUGCCCGCGCCGCUGGUGCCUGCAGGAGCGCGCCGCCGAGCUGUUCCUGCUGUCGGGACACGCGCACCUGCUGGCCUUCGCCGCCACCGCAGAGCGGGACGCCUUCCUGCGCGCGCUCGACGCCGCACAUCUGCCCAACAGAACCGAGCAGGAAAGUCUUUCGGAUGUGAUGAAUCAAUGGCGCAACGGCACGAUCACCAACUGGGAGUACCUGAUGGCGCUGAACGGGCUGGCGGGGCGGUCCUACAACGACCUGAUGCAGUACCCCGUGCUGCCGUUCAUCAUCGCCGACUACACCUCCAAGAUGCUGGACCUGCACGACCCCGCCUCAUUCCGCGACCUGAGCAAGCCCAUGGCCGUGCAGAACAAGAAGAGGGAGCAGCACUACAUCAACACUUACAACGACCUGAAGGCGGCGCGGCGCGAGGGCUGCAGCCCGCUGCUGUCCCGGCAGCCGCACCACUACGCCUCGCUCUACUCCAACUCGGGCGGCGUGCUGCACUACCUCGUGCGCGUGCCGCCCUUCACCGAGCUCUUCCUCAACUACCAAGACAACAACUUCGACAUGCCGGACCGCACAUUCCACUCUCUGGCGACGACGUGGCGUCUCAUCACACACGACUCCCCCACAGACGUCAAGGAGCUCAUCCCGGAGCUCUUCUACCUGCCCGAGAUGUUCUACAACGAUGAAGGUCUGGAGCUGGGCGUGCGGCAGUGCGGCGCGCGCGUGGACGCGGUGGAGCUGCCGCGCUGGGCGGCCGACGCGCGUCUCUUCACACUGGCGCACCGGCAGGCCCUCGAGGCGCCCCUCGUCACCGAGCGUCUGCCGCACUGGAUAGACCUCGUGUUCGGCUACAAGCAGACCGGCCAGGCCGCCGUCGACGCCAUCAACGUGUUCCCCGCUUGCACUUACUACGGCUUCGACCCGAGCGUGCACGAGGACGAGGUGGAUCGCACGGCGGCGCAGGCCAUGGUGCGGACGUACGGGCAGGCGCCGCGCCAGCUGCUGCGCGCCCCGCACCCGCACGCCGCGCCCGACCUCGCGCCGCGCACACAGGUACACCACCGCCGCGCUCACACUACGCGCGCCCACACUACACAACUGUGUCUACUGCGCGCCCCGCACCCGCACCCGACCUCGCGCCGCGCACACAGGUACACCACCGCCGCGCUCACACUACGCGCGCCCACACUACACAACUGUGUCUACUGCGCGCCCCGCACCCGACCUCGCGCCGCGCACACAGGUACACCACCGCCGCGCUCACACUACGCGCGCCCACACUACACAACUGUGUCUACUGCGCGCCCCGCACCCGCACCCGACCUCGCGCCGCGCACACAGGUACACCACCGCCGCGCUCACACUACGCGCGCCCACACUACACAACUGUGUCUACUGCGCGCCCCGCACCCGACCUCGCGCCGCGCACACAGGUACACCACCGCCGCGCUCACACUACGCGCGCCCACACUACACAACUGUGUCUACUGCGCGCCCCGCACCCGCACCCGACCUCGCGCCGCGCACACAGGUACACCACCGCCGCGCUCACACUACGCGCGCCCACACUACACAACUGUGUCUACUGCGCGCCCCGCACCCGACCUCGCGCCGCGCACACAGGUACACCACCGCCGCGCUCACACUACGCGCGCCCACACUACACAACUGUGUCUACUGCGCGCCCCGCACCCGCACCCGACCUCGCGCCGCGCACACAGGUACACCACCGCCGCGCUCACACUACGCGCGCCCACACUACACAACUGUGUCUACUGCGCGCCCCGCACCCGACCUCGCGCCGCGCACACAGGUACACCACCGCCGCGCUCACACUACGCGCGCCCACACUACACAACUGUGUCUACUGCGCGCCCCGCACCCGACCUCGCGCCGCGCACACAGGUACACCACCGCCGCGCUCACACUACGCGCGCCCACACUACACAACUGUGUCUACUGCGCGCCCCGCACCCGCACCCGACCUCGCGCCGCGCACACAGGUACACCACCGCCGCGCUCACACUACGCGCGCCCACACUACACAACUGUGUCUACUGCGCGCCCCGCACCCGACCUCGCGCCGCGCACACAGGUACACCACCGCCGCGCUCACACUACGCGCGCCCACACUACACAACUGUGUCUACUGCCCGCCCCGCACCCGACCUCGCGCCGCGCACACAGGUACACCACCGCCGCGCUCACACUACGCGCGCCCACACUACACAACUGUGUCUACUGCGCGCCCCGCACCCGACCUCGCGCCGCGCACACAGGUACACCACCGCCGCGCUCACACUACGCGCGCCCACACUACACAACUGUGUCUACUGCGCGCCCCGCACCCGACCUCGCGCCGCGCACACAGGUACACCACCGCCGCGCUCACACUACGCGCGCCCACACUACACAACUGUGUCUACUGCGCGCCCCGCACCCGCACCCGACCUCGCGCCGCGCACACAGGUACACCACCGCCGCGCUCACACUACGCGCGCCCACACUACACAACUGUGUCUACUGCGCGCCCCGCACGCCGCCCCCGACCUCGCGCCGCGCACACAGGUACACCACCGCCGCGCUCACACUACGCGCGCCCACACUACACAACUGUGUCUACUGCGCGCCCCGCACCCGACCUCGCGCCGCGCACACAGGUACACCACCGCCGCGCUCACACUACGCGCGCCCACACUACACAACUGUGUCUACUGCGCGCCCCGCACCCGACCUCGCGCCGCACACACAGGUACACCACCGCCGCGCUCACACUACGCGCGCCCACACUACACAACUGUGUCUACUGCGCGCCCCGCACCCGCACCCGACCUCGCGCCGCGCACACAGGUACACCACCGCCGCGCUCACACUACGCGCGCCCACACUACACAACUGUGUCUACUGCGCGCCCCGCACCCGCACCCGACCUCGCGCCGCGCACACAGGUACACCACCGCCGCGCUCACACUACGCGCGCCCACACUACACAACUGUGUCUACUGCGCGCCCCGCACCCGCACCCGACCUCGCGCCGCGCACACAGGUACACCACCGCCGCGCUCACACUACGCGCGCCCACACUACACAACUGUGUCUACUGCGCGCCCCGCACCCGACCUCGCGCCGCGCACACAGGUACACCACCGCCGCGCUCACACUACGCGCGCCCACACUACACAACUGUGUCUACUGCGCGCCCCGCACCCGACCUCGCGCCGCGCACACAGGUACACCACCGCCGCGCUCACACUACGCGCGCCCACACUACACAACUGUGUCUACUGCGCGCCCCGCACCCGCACCCGACCUCGCGCCGCGCACACAGGUACACCACCGCCGCGCUCACACUACGCGCGCCCACACUACACAACUGUGUCUACUGCGCGCCCCGCACCCGACCUCGCGCCGCGCACACAGGUACACCACCGCCGCGCUCACACUACGCGCGCCCACACUACACAACUGUGUCUACUGCGCGCCCCGCACCCGCACCCGACCUCGCGCCGCGCACACAGGUACACCACCGCCGCGCUCACACUACGCGCGCCCACACUACACAACUGUGUCUACUGCGCGACCCGCACCCGACCUCGCGCCGCGCACACAGGUACACCACCGCCGCGCUCACACUACGCGCGCCCACACUACACAACUGUGUCUACUGCGCGCCCCGCACCCGACCUCGCGCCGCGCACACAGGUACACCACCGCCGCGCUCACACUACGCGCGCCCACACUACACAACUGUGUCUACUGCGCGCCCCGCACCCGACCUCGCGCCGCGCACACAGGUACACCACCGCCGCGCUCACACUACGCGCGCCCACACUACACAACUGUGUCUACUGCGCGCCCCGCACCCGCCCUCGCGCCGCGCACACAGGUACACCACCGCCGCGCUCACACUACGCGCGCCCACACUACACAACUGUGUCUACUGCGCGCCCCGCACCCGACCUCGCGCCGCGCACACAGGUACACCACCGCCGCGCUCACACUACGCGCGCCCACACUACACAACUGUGUCUACUGCGCGCCCCGCACCCGACCUCGCGCCGCGCACACAGGUACACCACCGCCGCGCUCACACUACGCGCGCCCACACUACACAACUGUGUCUACUGCGCGCCCCGCACCCGCCCUCGCGCCGCGCACACAGGUACACCACCGCCGCGCUCACACUACGCGCGCCCACACUACACAACUGUGUCUACUGCGCGCCCCGCACCCGCACCCGACCUCGCGCCGCGCACACAGGUACACCACCGCCGCGCUCACACUACGCGCGCCCACACUACACAACUGUGUCUACUGCGCGCCCCGCACCCGACCUCGCGCCGCGCACACAGGUACACCACCGCCGCGCUCACACUACGCGCGCCCACACUACACAACUGUGUCUACUGCGCGCCCCGCACCCGCCCCCGACCUCGCGCCGCGCACACAGGUACACCACCGCCGCGCUCACACUACGCGCGCCCACACUACACAACUGUGUCUACUGCGCGCCCCGCACCCGACCUCGCGCCGCGCACACAGGUACACCACCGCCGCGCUCACACUACGCGCGCCCACACUACACAACUGUGUCUACUGCGCGCCCCGCACCCGACCUCGCGCCGCGCACACAGGUACACCACCGCCGCGCUCACACUACGCGCGCCCACACUACACAACUGUGUCUACUGCGCGCCCCCCACCCGCACCCGACCUCGCGCCGCGCACACAGGUACACCACCGCCGCGCUCACACUACGCGCGCCCACACUACACAACUGUGUCUACUGCGCGCCCCGCACCCGCACCCGACCUCGCGCCGCGCACACAGGUACACCACCGCCGCGCUCACACUACGCGCGCCCACACUACACAACUGUGUCUACUGCGCGCCCCGCACCCGACCUCGCGCCGCGCACACAGGUACACCACCGCCGCGCUCACACUACGCGCGCCCACUCUACACAACUGUGUCUACUGCGCGCCCCGCACCCGACCUCGCGCCGCGCACACAGGUACACCACCGCCGCGCUCACACUACGCGCGCCCACACUACACAACUGUGUCUACUGCGCGCCCCGCACCCGACCUCGCGCCGCGCACACAGGUACACCACCGCCGCGCUCACACUACGCGCGCCCACACUACACAACUGUGUCUACUGCGCGCCCCGCACCCGCACCCGACCUCGCGCCGCGCACACAGGUACACCACCGCCGCGCUCACACUACGCGCGCCCACACUACACAACUGUGUCUACUGCGCGCCCCGCACCCGCACCCGACCUCGCGCCGCGCACACAGGUACACCACCGCCGCGCUCACACUACGCGCGCCCACACUACACAACUGUGUCUACUGCGCGCCCCGCACCCGCCCCCGACCUCGCGCCGCGCACACAGGUACACCACCGCCGCGCUCACACUACGCGCGCCCACACUACACAACUGUGUCUACUGCACGUCCCGUUCCUGUGUCGGCAGACGGAGGUGAUGGCGGGCGUGUCCGGCGUGCGCUGGGGCCGGUACUGCGGCUCGCCGGAGCUGGGCGCGCCCGCGGUCGCCGCGCGCCGGCAGCUGGCGGGCGCCGCAAGACUCGUGCCGCUGCCCGCGCCGCACGUGCGCACCGCCGUCGCCUGCGCACAACACUGCGCACCUCUACCUUUCGGUCGGUGA